AUGUACAUCUGCCUCCGGAUCGAUUCCUCAUCAGCAGCGAGAAAACAGAGAAAACACAAAAACAGUCUGUCGGCCGCCGUCCUUCAGCAGCUGGAGGCCCAGAAAGGCUUCGCUCAGCAGCUCGUCUGGUUCCUCAGCAGGACGCUGGUCCGAGCUGCUGGUCCGACCGGCUGGUCCGACCUGCUGGUCCGGCCUGCUGGUCCGACCUGCUGGUCCGAGCUGCUGGUCCGAGCUGCUGGUCCGAGCUGCUGGUCCGAGCUGCUGGUCCGACCUGCUGGUCCGAGCUGCUGGUCCGAGCUGCUGGUCCGACCUGCUGGUCCGACCGGCUGGUCCGAGCUGCUGGUCCGAGCUGCUGGUCCGAGCUGCUGGUCCGACCUGCUGGUCCGGCCGGCUGGUCCGAGCUGCUGGUCCGAGCUGCUGGUCCGGCCUGCUGGUCUGAGCUGCUGGUCCGACCGGCUGGUCCGAGCUGCUGGUCCGAGCUGCUGGUCCGAGCUGCUGGUCCGACCAGCUGGUUCUGGCCUCGGUCCGGGCGUCUGGGUCUCGGUUGUUUGCUCAUGUGUUAAACCUCGUCUGUGUGUGUUUGUGUGUCCGCAGGCCGUCGAGACCAAUCUGGCCUCCAAAGACAGUCACUGGGUGUUCGUCAACGAGGAGAUCAGCGACACCGAGAUCCUGGAGCUGACCCACAGCGCACUGGGCCGCAUGACGGUGAUCCGGCAGAUCUUCCCGCUGUGGAAGGACAGCAGCACCCGGUGCAUGAGGCAGAACCACCGGAUCUCCUCGCUGCUGUGCGACCCGCAGGAGGGAUACCUGCAGAACCUGGAGGGCAACAUCACCGGUCUGACGGGGACGAUGGACUUUAAAGACAGCGGCUCCAACUCGCACGUCCAGUUCGAGAUCCUCGGAUCGAGCUUCAGCGAGACCUUCGGCAAAGACAUCAAGAGGCUGGCGACGUGGGACUCGGUUCACGGCCUCAACGGCAGCCUGAAGGAGAGCCGGAUAGAGAACGGGAUGCAGGGAGUGACGGUCAAGGUGGUCACUCUGCUGGAGGAUCCUUUCGUCAUGGUGGCGGAGAACAUCCUGGGGCAGCCCAAGAGGUACAAAGGCUUCUCCAUCGACGUCCUGGACGCCCUCGCCAAGAUCCUGGGCUUCAAGUACGAGAUCUACCAGGUCGCCGACAGUAAAUAUGGAUCUCAGCUUCCCAACGGCUCGUGGAACGGCAUGAUCGGAGACCUCAUCAACAAGAGGGCCGACCUGGCGGUGUCGGCCAUCACCAUCACGCCUGAGCGGGAGAACGUGGUGGACUUCAGCAAGCGCUACCUGGACUACAGCGUCGGCAUCCUGCUGCGGAAGCCCGAGGAGAAGAUCAACAUCUUCUCGCUGUUCGCGCCCUUCGACCUGGCCGUGUGGGCCUGCAUCGCCGCCGCCAUCCCGGUGGUGGGCGUCCUCAUCUUCCUGCUCAACCGGCUGCAGGCGCUGCGCUCGUCCUCGUCCCAGAACGGGCCGCCGGGCCAGCCGUCCAACGGCGUCGGCUCGGGGACGCUGCACAGCGCCAUCUGGAUCGUGUACGGGGCGUUCGUCCAGCAAGGCGGCGACGGCGUGGUCGGCUCGGUGGCGCUGAGGAUCGUCAUGGGCAGCUGGUGGCUCUUCACGCUCAUCGUGUGCUCGUCGUACACGGCCAACCUGGCGGCCUACCUCACCGUGUCGCGCAUGGACCACGCCAUACGGUCUUUCCAGGACCUGGCUCGACAGAUCGACGUGGACUACGGCACCGUGAGGGACUCGGCCGUCUACGACUACUUCAGGAACAAAGGCACCAACCCUCUGGAGCAGGACAGCACCUACGCCGAGCUGUGGAGGACCAUCAGCAAGAACAACGGCAUGGACUACUCGGUUUCCAGCCCGUCGGAGGGAAUACGCAAGGCGAAGAAGAGUCCGUUCGCCUUCCUGUGGGACAUGGCGGUGCUGGAAUACGCCGCUCUGACCGACGACGACUGCACCAUCACCGUGUCCGGAAACAGCAUGAGCAGCAAAGGCUACGGCAUCGCCAUGCAGCACGGCAGCCCCUACAGAGACCUCUUCUCCCAGAAGAUCCUGGAGCUGCAGGAGAAAGGCGACCUGGACAUCAUGAAGCAGAAGUGGUGGCCUCGGACCGGCCGCUGCGACCUGAGCAGCCACGCCAGCGCUCACCCCGACGGACGCUCCCUCAAGCUGCACAGCUUCGCCGGCAUCUUCUGCAUCCUGGCCGCCGGCCUGCUGCUGGCCUGCCUGGUGGCCGGGCUGGAGGCUUGGUGGAACAGCAACCGCUGCCGCCAGGAGCAGCCCAAAGAGGACAAGGAGGUGAACCUGGAACAGGUGCAUCGUCGUAUGAACAGUCUUUUGGACGAGGACUUGGCCCACAAGCAGAUCCCCGGCCCCUCUAUCGAGAUCUCUGCGCUGGACAUCGGCAGCAUGCAGCCCAGCCAGGCCUCUCUGGUGGCGGGGCCGGAGUCCGUCCGGGACUACCCGCCCUCGGGCCUCGCUGUGACCACCUUCCUCCCCGGGGAGGGGGCGCCGCCUCCUCCUCUUCCCCACCCUCACCAUGGGGGGACCCUAGGCAGGACGCUACCCCCGUCCCAGGGCCCUGGCAGCACCACGUUGCCGCCGCACCACCCCCUCAGCAGCACCAGCCUCAGCGGCACCAUGCAGUGCAAACACAGGGCCCCCAACGGGGGGCUCUUCCGGCAGAGCCCUGGCAAGACGCCCAUGCCAAUGUCCUACCAGGCAGUCUCCGCAGGACCCAUACCCGAAGCCAUUGAGGCCACCCACAGUACAUCGAUAUAG